GAGCUCUCAGAAGAAGAAGAGGAAACAGACCUCAGCGAUCAGCGAUGGCUGCUGGUCGGCUUCCUCGUCUGACCUGCUUCUUCACGUUCAGUGUUCUGGGGCUUCUGGGGGUCUGCAUCCCUCAUGAUGUGGAGGCCUCCAAUGAGGGAUCUGUCAUCCAUAAAAAUGUUGGAGAAACUGUGGAGUUAAAAUCAGAUUUAUUGUCGACUGAAGGAGUCACAGUGGCAGAGUGGAGAUACGGAGGCAUCAGACUUACAUCAACAGGGACAGCGAAAGAAAACCCUCAGUUUAAGGGCAGAAUACAAAUAAACCCCCAGAACUUUAGUUUAACAGUCAGAAAUCUGACUCCUCAAGACUCAGGGGAUUACAGUUUUGUCUCAGAGGUGAAUUACUUGCAAAGGCCAACAGUCACGUUCACUCUACGUGUUCAUGAGCCCAUAAAGAAGCCUCUCCUGUCAAUAAUCAAUGUGACUCGUGAUGCAUUGAAUCGAUCCUGCACAGUCUUCCUGGAGUGCAGUACAUCUGUUCAUGACGUCUCCUACAGCUGGACUGUGGGGAGUCAAAAAAAAUCUGGCUCCAAGCUGCAGCACGUCAUCCGACCUCAGGAUGGAGAGAUCACAUUCACCUGCACGAUCUCAGAUCAAAUCACUGAGGUAUCCUCGUCCAUAAACCAAACCUGCAGCAAUGAUACUUCUACAGACAAACCAGCUAAUAUCAACACAUUGACAUCUUCAGAUGGGUUCGUCCUCAUAGUGGCUGGAGGGGUAUCUCUACUGACUGUCAUUGUCGUUGGAACAGUCGUGGCAGUUUGUCGCUCCAGAAGAAAGUGGACUGCAGGCAGGAGCACAUAUGACCAGACCGUGUACGAUGAAAUCGCUGAUGUUCCAGCUCAAAAUAGAAGCUCAGUGCCUUGUUCUGUGUAUGAAACCAUUGAGACGGUCAACACUGUCAGCCCAGUCACACCCGGGGUCCAAACUGUGUAUGAUAAGAUCCAGCUUCAUCGUGUGACUUGAUGCCGAACUAACAGGAGGUUACCGAGAGAGGAAAUGUUAUCUGACCUUUAAAAUGUUAUGUAAGAACUUCUGUGUAAAAUGUGUUGAGCAAUGUAACCACGUAACAAGUCAUCUUUUCAUCUGUCUUUGUCUUAAAUAAUAAUUGUUAAUAUAUUUUUGGGAGUGUACACUACCAAUUGUACAUUUUAUUGUAAAAGUGCUGUAAAUUCUGUAAAUACAGAGCAUCUAUUUUAAUUGUUUGUAUGUUCUAAGUCCUUUGUGUAUUUGCUAAUAAAAAAAAACAAUUCAAAAUGCAGUAAAACUAUUAUUAAUAUAAUAUCACUGAACAAUAAGUAAGACAUUUUCAACAGAAUUAAUAAAAAACGUUUCCAUUUUU